AUGGAGAAGAAGAGGAGAAGAUCGGAGAGUCCAGUGAAGGACCCAGCUACAGGAGAAAAGAUAAAACUGAGGAAUUUAAGGAUUUGCCUAGAAGAUCUAAAGCAAUAUCCACAGAGACGGAAAAGAUCGAGAAGUCCGGAGGAGAACCCAGCUGCAGAAGAAAAGAUAAAACUGAAGGAUUUAAGGAUUUGCCUAGAACGCCUAAAGCAAUAUCCACUGAGAAGGAAAAGAUCAAGAGGUCCGGAGGAGAACCCAGCUGGAGAAAAGAUUACAAUCAAAGAAAUACAGACAAAUAAACAAAUUUGCAGGGAUGGAGAUCGAAAGCAGUAUCCACUGCGAAGGAAAAGAUCAAGAAGUCCAGAGCAGAGCCCAGCUGGAGGAAAAGAGAAUGUUAGAGAGGAUGCCAAAACAUCGCAAUACCUCGAUAUUAAAAAUUACAGCCUUAUUAAAGAACUAGGAGAAGGCAACUUUGGCAAGGUGGUGUUGGCAUCAUAUAAAAUCAAGAACCAACUAACUGCAAUCAAGAUCAUCGAGAAGCAGCGGGAGGAAGAUUUCAAAUAUGUCAGACGAGAGGCAUCAGUUCUUCAGAUUUCUAGCAGAUGCCCAUUUCUAUGCCGGGCAAUGGCAACAUUCCAAACUAAGUCGCUAAUCCUGCUAGCCCUGGAGUACGUCAGUGGAGGAACACUGGAGAACAUCAUUGAGGACCGAGGACGUCUGAAUAACAAGCAAGUGCUGUAA